GGGAGCCCCUAGAGCCCGCUCCGACUGACACCGCCGCCGGCCUCUGGAGAUGGUCCCUGCCCACCCGCGCUGUUCCCUCGCCGCGGCGGAGCUGCGUGCGGAAUAAGUGCGGUUCCCCGGCGGGAGAUGCCUCGGGGCCGGGAGGCAGCAGCCGGCGCUUCCCCGGUGCCCGCCGAGCGCCGCCGGCUGCCCAGACAUGCGGGCGGGCGGCUGUAGCGCAGGAAGAGCGAAGGCGGCUCCUCUCCGCUGCCAUUUGCCCUUCCCGACGGGACUGUGAGCCGAGAGAGCCGCGGAAGGCUGUGCGGAACAAGGAGGAGAUUCCUCGCUGUUUGGUUUUUUAUUAUUUUUUUUGUAUUUAAUUCUUUUUUCCUCGUCGUGCGCGGACCCUCGGCCUCCCCAGGUAUGCCCGCCCCACUGCAGCACCUGGCGCUGCUGCUCCUGCUCGGCACUGCGGCUGCCUCACAGAGCGAGGAGCGUCUGUGUGCAUUUAAAGACCCGUAUCAGCAGGACCAUGGGAUCAGCGAGAGCCGCAUCUCCCAGGAGAACGGCACAAUUUUGUGCAUGAAAGGCAGUACCUGCUAUGGACUGUGGGAGAAAACGCGAGAAGGAGACAUACAUCUUGUAAAACAAGGUUGCUGGUCUCAUAUAGGAGACCCACAAGAGUGUCACUUUGAGGAGUGUAUAGUUACGACCACCCCUUCCCUGAUCCAGAAUGGAACAUAUCGCUUCUGCUGCUGUAGCACGGACUUGUGUAAUGUCAACUUCACUGAAAAUUUUCCGCCUCCUGACCCUACAGAUACAACACCUUACAAUUCUUCUCAUUCUUUCCAUCGAGAUGAGACGAUAGUUAUUGCCCUCGCAUCUGUGUCUGUCCUGGCUGUUUUGAUUGCCGCUCUGUUCUUUGGAUACAGGAUGCUCGCAGGAGACCGUAAACAAGGUUUACACAGCAUGAACAUGAUGGAGGCAGCAGCAUCGGAGCCCUCGUUGGAUCUGGACAAUCUAAAGUUGUUGGAGUUGAUUGGCCGGGGACGCUACGGAGCCGUCUAUAAGGGCUCCCUAGAUGAACGUCCCGUUGCUGUGAAAGUCUUUUCUUUUGCCAACCGUCAGAACUUUGUCAACGAGCGGAACAUUUACAGGAUUCCACUGAUGGAACACGACAACAUUGCCCGCUUCAUUGUGGGGGACGAGAGAUUCACUGCAGACGGCCGUAUGGAAUAUUUAUUGGUGAUGGAAUAUUACCCCAAUGGUUCUUUGUGCAAAUAUUUGAGUCUCCACACAAGCGACUGGGUGAGCUCUUGUCGACUGGCGCACUCCAUAACGAGGGGCCUGGCGUACCUGCACACGGAGCUGCCCCGCGGAGACCAUUACAAACCUGCAAUAUCGCACCGUGACCUGAACAGCCGCAACGUACUGGUGAAGAACGAUGGAACGUGUGUCAUUAGCGAUUUUGGGCUCUCCAUGAAGUUAACUGGAAACAGACUGGUGCGCCCGGGUGAGGAGGACAACGCAGCCAUCAGCGAGGUGGGCACAAUCCGCUACAUGGCCCCAGAAGUGCUGGAAGGAGCAGUGAACUUGAGGGACUGCGAAUCUGCUUUGAAACAAGUCGAUAUGUACGCACUAGGCCUUAUCUACUGGGAGAUAUUUAUGAGAUGUACUGACCUCUUCCCAGGGGAAUCCGUGCCAGAGUACCAGAUGGCUUUCCAGACAGAAGUCGGAAACCAUCCCACUUUUGAAGAUAUGCAAGUCUUGGUGUCUAGAGAGAAGCAAAGACCAAAAUUCCCGGAAGCCUGGAAGGAGAACAGUCUGGCUGUGAGGUCUCUCAAAGAAACAAUCGAAGACUGUUGGGAUCAAGAUGCUGAAGCUCGACUAACAGCACAGUGUGCUGAGGAGAGGAUGGCAGAACUCAUGAUGAUUUGGGAGAGAAAUAAAUCCGUUAGUCCAACGGUCAACCCUAUGUCAACUGCCAUGCAGAACGAGCGGAAUCUGUCGCAUCAUAAGCGUGUAUCCAAGAUAAGGCCAUAUCCGGAUUACUCUUCCUCUUCCUACAUUGAGGAUUCAAUCCACCACACUGACAGCAUCGUGAAGAACAUUUCUUCUGAACAUUCGGUGUCCACUACACCAUUGACUUCGGGGGAAAAGAACAGGAACUCCAUUAACUAUGAGCGGCAGCAAGCACAAGCUCGCAUCCCUAGUCCUGAGACAAGCGUCACCAGUUUGUCCACCAACACCACCACCACCAACACAACCGGCCUCACUCCCAGCACUGGCAUGACCACCAUCUCCGAAAUGCCUUAUUCGGAUGAAACAAACUUACAUCCUACAAACGUCCUGCAGCCGGGUGGGCCCACCCCUGUUUGUCUGCAGCUCACAGAGGAGGACUUAGAGACAAAUAAAUUGGAUCCAAAAGAAGUGGAUAAGAACCUGAAGGAAAGCUCUGAUGAGAAUCUGAUGGAACAUUCACUGAAGCAGUUCAGCGGGCCAGAUCCGCUCAGCAGCACGAGUUCCAGCUUGCUUUAUCCGCUGAUAAAACUUGCAGUAGAGGUGACAGGACAGCAGGACUUCACGCAAGCUGGCAACGGUCAGGCGUGUUUGAUUCCUGAUGUCCCAUCUGCUCAGGUCUAUCCUCUGCCCAAGCAACAGAACCUUCCGAAAAGGCCUACCAGCCUCCCCCUGAACACCAAAAAUUCAACAAAGGAGCCACGGUUAAAAUUUGGUGGCAAGCACAAAUCCAACUUGAAGCAAGUGGAAACAGGCGUCGCCAAGAUGAACACUAUCAAUGCUGCAGAGCCUCACGUCGUGACGGUCACCGUGAACGGAGUGGCGGGAAGAGGCCAUGGCGUGAACCCCCACGCGGGCACGACGCAGUACGCCAAUGGCACGGUGCCGUCGGGCCAGACGGCCAGCCUGGUGGUGCAGAGGGCCCAGGAGAUGCUUCAGAACCAGUUCAGCGGAGAGGACAGUCGACUGAAUAUUAACUCAAGCCCUGAUGAGCACGAGCCCCUGCUGAGGCGGGAGCAGCAGGUUGGCCAUGACGAAGGCGUUCUGGACCGCCUGGUCGACAGGAGGGAGCGCCCGCUGGAGAGCGGCCGGACAAACGCCAACAACAACAACAGCAACCCCUGUCCCGUGCAGGACACGGCCACGGGCAGCGUCCCGAGCGUGGCCAGAAACCCCGGGCAGAGCCAGCCCAGAAGGGCGCAGAGGCCCAACUCGCUGGAUCUCUCAGCCACAAACGCUUUGGACAGCAGUAGCGUGCAGUUAGGUGACUCCUCGCAGGACGGCAAAUCGGGCUCGGGAGAGAAGAUCAAGAAACGCGUGAAAACCCCGUAUUCGCUGAAGCGCUGGCGUCCCUCCACGUGGGUCAUCUCCACCGAGCCGCUGCCCUGCGAGGUCAACAACAACGGCAGCGAGCGGGCGCUACCCCCCAAGUCCAGCACAGCCGUGUACCUCGCCGAGGGCGGCGCCGCCACCACCAUGGUGUCCAAGGACGCGGGAGUCAACUGCCUGUGAAACACUUUAAAACGCCCAGAAAUGACCUUUUUUUCGGUUGUUUUGGUUUGUUUUGUUUUGGUUUUUUUUGCGUUCUUUGAGACAAACACGCAGAAGACAUUUGAAAAAACUGCUUUCUCCUCCUGUCAGCAACCCCUACCAAGGACUCGCUUUAAAUAGAUUUCAGCUAUGCAGAAAAUUUUUAGCUUAUGCUUCCAUAUUUUUUUAUUUCGUUUUGGUUUUUCGAACGUUUUUUGCACUUUUAUUUAGUAUCGCUAAAGUUAAGUCUGUCUGUUUUGACCACAGAAUAUAUAUAUGUGUAUCAAAAAUGUGGUCUCAAAAUAUUUUUUUAAAAAAAGUAACAAAAAAAAAGUAUCGCUGAUAAUCAGUUUGGACCAGUUUCUUAAGGUCACUAAGAUCCUAAGCAGACUCUAAGACAGGUUUGACUGCAGUGGUGUCUCGUAACCAUGUUUUGAUUUCUGUGCACAAGCUAGUCUGUGUAUUUCUAUGUUACAAAGUGUAUUCUCUUUUGAGCCCCUGUUUUUCUUGUGUCAUGUUGAAAUGUGCAAUAGUCUCUAGUUCACAGUAUGCUUUAUUGAAAAGCGUGUUUCUGAAACUGCCACACGUUCCCCUUUCGUUUUGGUUCGUUUUGCCCCGACAGCUGAGCCGUCGGCCGCUCGCGACCGGACUUUGCAGGCGUAGCCAGCCCAAAGUGGCUGCUUCCAUCACAUUGUGCUCUGAGGCGACAACGCGUGAAUUUUCCCCGGCUUGAAAGGGCUUUUAAAAAGGAGCGACGACAAAAAAAUCCAAGCUCAGUACCUUUCCUUUGAUCCUCCCAAAGCAAAAUAUGUUUCCUUCAUAGUAGUAGAUGCCAGCCCGUGAAGUUCUGAAUAACAAAAUGUUGAACAAAUGUAAGGAAACAGUGUCAGCCAUCUUCUUCAUUUUAUUUUGUGUGCGGUUUCACCCCCUGUAUUUAUGUAAAACCUUAUUUAGAUCACUGAUGUACACUGAAAACCACAUUUUAUUCAGAAAUCUUGAUCACUGUCAUACUGAAAAGCUCUAGUGAAGACAGGUUGCCAACAUACUUUGUUUACACAGAGGAAAAAUUAUGAAUCCUAUGUGGCACAAUCCAGUUUUGUAACGAGUCCCAAAUCUUUCCUGAUUUACCUCAUUACAGACAAUCUGGGGUGAAAUCAACUUGAGUACUUCUGCAGGUAGGUGCAUCCUAAGGGACUGUUGUUGCUGAGCUGAAACUCGUCCUCCCCUUGGAGUGUUUAGAGACCCUCAAUCGUCUUGUUGAAAUGUAUUGCAUGCUUUUAAAAUUAAUGGCUACGAGUGUUGGCGCGGGAGGGCUGGGGUUUUUUUCCCUCUGCUUCGAGCCUUCUUUCAGUUUGUAUGCACAUUGAUUUUAGGUGUCGGUAAGCAUGAAUGUGCUAUCUAUUGAGAAGAAUUGGUUUUGACCAUCUCAAGUAAACUUUACCCUUUUCAGAACGAUCCGUCUGCGGAAAGAAAAUGAAUUUCCUUAUUGGUCAGCACCUCCUUCCACCCGAGAAAUAUUCUUUUCUGAUUGAAAACACUUCAGUAAAAACUAUUUAGAUGAAGACUACCUAUGUCAGUGUUUGAUAGCGGGAAUGGUUUCUCAGCUGAUGCGAGACGUGGCGAUGUUGAAAGGCAGAAGGUCUGUUCCGCGGGCUCUGCGCUCGCCAGCCCGUUUGUUUCCUUGCUGUUUGAUCAUUACCAAACUGUUCUUCUGUAUGUGACGAUCCAGCUAGCAGAACACAUCUGGUUCUUGCUGUUUCCCAGACUCCCUUGUUUAUGCUCAGCUGCACUUGUUUUCUCGUGUAAUGCUUCUUAGCGUUUCUUAGAUUCUCCUAGAUAUCUCCAAGAGAUAACUCUACAAACCCAGACUUGGCUUAAGUGUAGGUGUAGAAGUAAGAGCCAUGAGAGCACCGGUUCAAGUCGUAAUUCUGUUACGUGCCCAUAUAAAUACAUUUAUAUACAUCUCCUCUCUUCAAAAAUACAGCCUUUCUCUGGUUUGGCUUUUCAUUCACUCUGGGGGUUCCGUGUGCCCUCUUGUCCCCCAGAUGUUGUCCCAGAUGUCCGUCCCAUCCCGGGAGCACUGGGUUCUGAGGGUCGCUGUUCCGCACACGCUCGACAUUUUCACUCCUGUCCCGUGACGUUUUGCUUUGCCUCACACGUCUCGUCCUUUGGCAUUUAGAACGUGGGCUGGAAAGUGGAUUUAGGACACUCUUGUCUAACUUGAAACUCUCUGGGGCGAGAACAGGGACUUGCGUUCUGCUCCGCUCUGCCAAGCCUGGCUUUGCAGGCCAAGCCUUUGUAAGAAACCCAACUUUUUACGCUCAGUGCAAUCAAACUCAUUUUAACACCAGGUGAACAUGUUCUUCUGCAGUUUUCCUUAAAUGUUCUUAAAGCAAACAAUACUUCCUUUGCCUUUAUUUCCGUCGCUCGCUGGAAGGCCUUUGGGAUGAGUUAUCAGUAGUAGAAAGCAUUGGCUUUGUAAUCUACCAUGGGUAAAUAUAGCUUGAGCUAUGACAGAAAGAUGUACUUGAUCACAAAGGAUCGUGUAGAUUAAAUAGAGAAAAACUGUUUCUUUUUAAGGGUCAGUCAAAACAAACUCUUAAGUAGGUACUAAAAUAUUGUCAUUCUGCACAGCUGGAUGAGAUCAGAUUAGCAGUUUGGUUUUAAUACUGAAUUUAGUAAUGCCCUUGUGUUUGUUUUUUUGCUGACAGCCCAUAAUCCAAUCUCCACAAAAUACUUGCUCUGUCAAUUAAAUGAUAUUGAAUGAUAUUUCAUACCAUGAGGAAUCAUCCGUAACCAAACAAAAUACAUGUAAGAGAGAGAAUUCUGCAGAUUGGACACGUGGAUAGUUGAUAAAUGUCCUAUAAACAGGGGAGACAAAUGUGUUUUAUUUCUUUGUGUUAUUUUUCUUUUAAGAAAAAAGGAUAAUGAUGAAAGUUGAUAAUUUUCUAUCAAUUUCUCAUUUAUAUUGCAGAUGAGGUAAAUAUAGCAAAAUGAAAAUAGAAUGAUAGUGUAAAUACCUAUGAAUUGUGCCACUGCCAAAUAGGCAAGAGUAGAACAUUUGCGAUAGUAAUUUAUAACGUGUAAUUCAAGUGAGAUGUUAGAGCAAACAUUUGUGAUGUUUGUAUAUAUGAGCCAAAAGCCAAAAUCUUCCUGGUUUUACAAAGUGCCGUGCUAGCAGAAGCCAGAAUUGUUGCUUAGGUGGGUGCAUCGUCUCCUUUCCUGUUUCCUAUGGCACAACGUGGGGUGCAGAAUGCGAGUUCUGAUGGCCCGAGCAGACCGGCGGAUCGAUUUCCUUCUAAAACUGGGAUUUACAAGUCAGAUUAUCUGCAACACUUGCCCUGAGUUUGCUUAUAGCUUCCUGCGAGAAACAAUGAGUAUUAACAAUGCCUUUAUUGAAACUCCACGGCGCACUUAAAUUGCACAGCUAAAGGGGAAGGAAUUCCUGAUUUAAAAGAAAACCAACUGAUGUUGACAUCGCUACAAGAACAUUUCUCUUUGUGUUUUGCAUCCUUAGUUUGAGUGUCCAGUGCAUUUUGCUCUAAUGCUGUUCCUUCUUUAAAUGUUACAAACAAUAGUCCACUAAUGUCACUUCGCUAAGUCAACGUUCAGAUGAUACAUUUUUGGCGUGUAUUCAAAAGAUCGCAGCCAUUCUGUCAUUGAAAUGUUAUUAUGGGAGGUUCCAGCCUAAUUAGGGAGAAUUUUUAAAUCCACAUAUUUAGUCAAUACAGGAAAAAUUAAUUAUGCUGUAAUUUUUGCUUGUAUAACAAUGCUGGGAGUUCCCAUUGCUGAAGCAGGCUGGGUUUAAGUCAUAAUUGCUGGGCAUAGUAGUAUAUACAUGACCUGAUGUCUUAAUUGGCAAAUUUGGAGCAGCUUAUCAAAGCAAAUUGCAAUAGGGUUGAUUAGUCUAUGAAAGCUGCAUUACAAACCAGCCGGCUUCAUGUUGUGCAGAAAUUUGGAUUAUUUAGAUUGUCCCGUCUGGUCUCCCACUAUCCAUUUUAACAGGUAAAUAUGUUAACCUCCUUUUAAAAUGCGUUUAGAUGCAUAGGCACGUGGUGUGUCAGUUCCAGGGUUGAAUCCUGCGCGUUGCGGCCCCAGACGGUAGCGCUGGGGCAGGUGUGAUGUGCUUUGUCACCUUGUCAUUAGCUCGUGGCGGCGAUGGGGAUCAGAGGUGACACGCAGGGUGGGAUCUCUCACCACAGACUUAGAGCUGGGAAUGCCCGUCACGAACAUGAUUGAAACCUGCGUAAUUUAAGGUAUUUCUCUUCAAGAUCAAAAGAUAACCCGAAAUACUCCAUCCGUGAUAAUUUUUAUGGUAGUAGCCAUAGUUCGGGGUGUGUUUGCCGUUUAAACGUAGCAUUUCAGUCCAUGAAAUCCAAUUACAUUUUAGGCUUCUACGUCGCCAUAUAAACCUGCAGCUGUGGGAAUACAUGCUUUUUUGAUCCCAGCCUCCCACAGAGGUUCAGUUUUGAUGACAAAUAGUAACAAAUCCGAUCUCUUGGUUGGUGUUUCCUCCGUCCCGACCGGAGCUGGUGGCAGAAAUGCCCCUGGUGCAGGGGACAGAACCAGCCCGGGAGCCGCGUUUGGCACGAGCCUGCGGGCGAGAAUUCAGGAGCACACACACCACAUCUUGCCCACUAUUUUACAGCAGAAAUAAUUGGCCUUUAUAACUUCCUCGCGUCAAGGCAGCUUUUGUAGCCCCGUUCACUCGGUUUUUGAGACAGCAAAGAUGUGCGAGGUCUCUUUGUAGAGCACUUGGUUCACUUUUGCGCUUCAGAGCUGUGUGGUGAAGCAUCGCACUUCAGUCCCGGUUAUUCAGAAGGAAAGAGAAGAAUGUUUUCCGUAGUUUGUACAAAGUCCCAAGAACAAACAGGCAAGUCCAAGUUCCAGCUGGCUUUGCUUGGUCACUUCUGGAUUUCCUGAUUCGUGGCUCUUCUCUCUCUUCCACGCUGUUGCGAUGUAUUUAAAGAGGUUUGUAUGUCAUGUUUCCUGUCUGCUUUUUGUCUCUAGAGGAGAGUGUGCUCUAGCCACAUUUCUAUAAGCUGGAAUCACAUUUGACAAUUCCUGUUCUUUUCCCCGUAACGCAGAGUAAGAGGAAAAUGAACAUGGCAAAGACUGAUUUCUAGGGGCGAUGUGAAACUGCCGUUUUCCUUACGAAAGACUGUAAAGAGAGCAUCACUUUCCCAGCGAGCCCUUCUGGGGAGGAGGCGAGAAACCCUAGAAUAUGGAAUCUCAUCAGAACCCUUUCCUUAACGGGUAUUUUUGGUUUUUCUCUCAAACGACUGAGGAAAUAUCAUGUAUGAAUUUAUAAAUAAUUGCUUUCAGUUAUUUCUUUUGUAUAAGCUGCCCAAUACUCUUGCUAUGCUGUAUAAGUUGUGUUUCACGGAACAGUGUGAGUAUGAAAUAAAAAGCUAAUUUUUGUUUUUUAAUCAUCUGUGGAUGCCACUAUGAAAGCUGACGUCAUUAAAGCCACUACAGAGUUUUCUAUGAAUACUUGUAAGAAUUGCUUUGUUAUAUAUAAACCUAAAUAAAGAGAUUGUAUUGAUACAGAGACAUUGGUUAAGAACAUUUAAAAGGCUAUUCUUUAGGUCUAAAAGAAAAGGCUUGCUGUAAAAUGGUGCAUUAUUCCAUUUAUUAAAGAUCGUAUUAAUGACAAAAA